AUGAGAUUAAUCACUGAAGUCUUCGUCAGUCAGUGCGUUGUGCCUCGAAUACAGUUUAACAGUGUCAAGAUCUACCACCCCGACGCGACGCGGCCUCCGAAGGUGAAGGAGCGCGUGGACCUGAAGCCCCUCCCAGGCACCGCAGAAGACGCCGACUCCCGCCCUCCUGUCAGGGUGUUCAGGGGCCGACAUCGAGGACCCAGCGGGGAGGCCCCUGGCUGGCCCGGUCCUCUUCGCAUCUCUCUUCGGGUCAGACCCCCCUCGCCGCGCUCGCCCCCCUCCCCCCCCUCCACCGCGCGCUCGCCCCCCACCAGGUCCCCCCUCCUGCCCUCCCCUAAUGGCCUCUUCCCUCAUCCGCAGGACUGUUCAAAAUACCUCAACUGCGCUGGGGGACGAGUCUUCGAGCAGGCGUGCGGUCCGGGCACGGUGUUCAACCCGGCCAUCAGCGCCUGUGACUGGCCUUCUGCAGUAGACUGUUCCCGCCUUCAGGAAGUUCACGGGGUCGCGAGACAUGCCACCACGCCGCAGCCUUCUUCUGUGACUAUAUUUUUGGGGAAGGUCACAGAAACAGCCAGGAGCGCCGUUGGGUCAGUGGUUGGCAUAGUAAACAAGGUCGUUGGCAAUGAGCAUGUGGACAGUCUGCUCGAGAAGGUAGACUGGACGUACCAACGGACGAAGGACAAAGGAAAGCGUCUCCUGAACAAACUAGGUAUUAGUGAUUCCAAGACGCUGUGUCUCGGUCCAGAUGGUGUUUAUCCAUACCCCAAGGACUGUUCCAAGUUCGUUAACUGCUGGCGCGGACGUCCCAGCCUCCAGCGGUGCGCACCAGGAACUCUCUUCAACGCGGCCAAGAGAGUGUGCGACCAUCCUCACCAGACGGUGUGUCCACGCAGCCGAGUGGCCCCAAGCGCCGAGAGCGUGUCGUACGUGGUGGCGCCUCCCUCAGGUCAGAAGGUCAGACUCCGGGGCAGCGACGCUCCCUGGGCAGGAUAUGUUCAGAUCGAAGCUGAAGGCCAGUGGUGGCUCGUCACGGACUCGCGAUGGACCCUCAGCGAUGCCAGCGUUGUUUGCCGGAGUCUUGGGUUUACCAGAGGAGCAGCGGCAGCAACGAAGGGGCGGACUUUCGGCGUGCUCCCAGGGAACGACGUGAGGCUGAAGCGAGUGGAGUGCCAAGGCGACGAGGAGAGCCUGGGGGAAUGUUCGCUGGAGAGAGGAGUACCCGAGGACGUAAACAAAAAAGUCGUGGGAGUCAGAUGUUACAGGAACUGGGUGUCCGAGUGCGGCCCGCGAGGAGUCCGAUGGGGUACCAAGUGCUAUUACGUGCACAAGUCUUCCCUUUUUACUCACGCCGAAGCCAGGAUGAGAUGCUCCACCCGAGGCGCCAGGCUUCUCUCUAUUACUUCCAAGGAGGAGAAUGACUUCGUGUCGGAACUCUUGUCGGCGGUGGCAGGAGACAGCGAAGGAUUCCACACGGGAGGGGUUCGACAGCAGAUAUUCGAUUCUGGCGGCAGAAACACGACCGUUCAGCCUCAGCUUGAACUCUCCUUCACCGCUUGGUGGCCAGGAUGGAACGUGAGUGCAUCAAGCCAGGCUCGUGCCCUGAAUGCCCAGCUUGCCAAGAUCUCGGACAACCCGACUCACUGCAUCACCGUCAACGACAACUUCCCCGUCGAUUCACAGGUCGACGCCCGUUCCUCAGCCCCCGCAGAGUACUAUUUUUGGGAGCUCUCGAACUGCGGUUUAAAAUUACCUUACGUAUGUGAAACCGACGAGCUUGACAUCGGAUGUAUCGAAGGUCGAGGGGAGACUUAUGAAGGCACGGCAAACAUUACGUCGAAAGGCCUGGUGUGUUUGCCUUGGAGCCACCCAGAAGUUUGGCCCAAAGUUGCUCAUUUUGGAAUAACUCGCGACCUCAGACACAACUACUGCAGGAAUCUUGACGGGGACGAUGAACCUUAUUGCUUCACAGCCAAAGGCACCACGGACUUUUGCGAUAUUCCGAGGUGCGACUGGCGAGAGAGGAACGAGACAGCUGAGGAGACGACAUGCGGGGCAGACAAGUUCACCUGUUCCUCUGGCACCUGCAUUCACCGCGAGUGGCACUGCGACGGCCAGCAGGACUGCGAGGACGGUAGCGACGAGCGAGGCUGUCGGGACUACAGCAAGGAGUUCGUCAAAGUGUUGCGAAAGAGGCUGCAGGGCCGCGAGGUAGAGAAGUGGCUGCACACCGUCAAAGUUGCGUGCGCCUCCAGAUGUGCGAGGGCCAAGAACUUCGUGUGCAUGUCCUUCAACUAUGAACAGUCAACACAGACCUGUAUCCUGAACGACGGCAACAUCGGGCGGUCAGGAGGACUUGUAGACGACCCGACGUGGGAAUACUACGAGAGGAAGUCCCUGGCUGUCGACUGCACGGAUAAGUUCGUUUGCAAUGACGGCAAAUGCAUCAAUUCGACGCAGCGCUGCGACGGCCGGAAAGAUUGCAAGUUGAGCGAAGAUGAAGUUGACUGCGAAGGUCGACUCAAUUUUGAAGUGAGACUCGUCAACGGGUCUGGUGCUUAUGAGGGUCGCGUCGAGGUCAAAGUGUUUGGUCGUUGGGGUCCCGUUUGCGAUGACAUGUGGGGUCUGCCUGAGGGGGACGUGGUCUGCCAUCAGCUGGGCUUUCCUACGGGAGCUAAGGAUAUCUUUGUCGACUCACAGUUCGGUUCGGGAAAUAGCCAGUAUUUGAUGGACGAUCUCAACUGCCACGGCAACGAAGAGAGCCUCGCCGACUGUGAUUUCGCGGGCUGGGGAGAACACGACUGCCAGACGUCCGAG